AUGUUUGCCGCUGAGUCUGCAGAUAUAUUCCACAGUCUCAUGUCCUCGCCGUUGUCAAUUCGAACCGAGUUUCACACUCACCACGCCUCUCCCACGCGUCUUUUGAAGGAGCUGGAAGAUCUUCUUGGAUCCAGUGCCCAGUUUAAAGUAGACAUGCGGCACAAUAUCUACGAAAUUGAUACUGCUGAGGAGUUCAAUGUGGGGACAUUGUAUGAACGUUGCAAGGGAGGCAAAUCAAAGAGGGUGGGGUUUAUGACAGAAAACAGUCAGCCUAUGAAAAAGUAG